AUUUGCCGCUUGCACUUGUAGCAGGAUCUCAAGGAAAUCAAAAAUAGGAUACGAAACUUUAUGGGAAGGAGAAGGACGUGUCAAAGCCCAUGACCAUGAAGUCUGGAGAAAAAUAAAAAUGAAGAAAAGCCUCAAUAUUUAUAAUCCAGAAUUGGAGAUUUGUUCGUUUUCAUUCCAAAAAAUUUUCAAUAGCAUUUAGCUAAAGAACUGCAAAAUGAACCAACAAGAUCCACCAACCAUCAUUCAAUCGAAAAAUAAAUAUGCUGGUUUCUUUGAUCAUUUGACUUAUCGUUUAUAUAAUUACUUUCAGCCUCAUACGCAACAACAACAGCAACAGGAGGAAGAAGAUAGAUCCGCAUUUAUCAUCCCAGAUAAGAUAGCAGAUGGAAGCCCAAGGUAUACCAUUGAUGAAGGUCUUUUGGCACUGGGUUUUGGAAAAUUCCAACACCUUGUGCUUCUUUAUGCUGGCAUGGGUUGGAUUUCAGAGGCAAUGGAAAUGAUGCUUCUGUCUUUUGUAGGACCAGCAGUUCAGCAUGAAUGGGGUCUUUCUUCUCAGCAAGAAAGCCUAAUAACCAGUGUGGUUUUUAUUGGUAUGCUGGUCGGAGCAUAUUCAUGGGGCUUAGUUUCAGAUAAACAUGGAAGAAGGAAGGGAUUUCUGGUCACAGCAAUAGUUACUUCUGGAUCUGGAUUUCUGAGUUCCUUUGCACCAAACUAUGUUGUAUUGAUUAUAUCCCGAUGCUUGGUUGGCCUUGGUUUGGGAGGUGGUCCUGUACUCUUAGCCUGGUUUCUAGAGUUUAUACCUGCACCAAAGAGAGGCACUUGGAUGGUUAUUUUCCAAGCAUUCUGGACGAUCGGAGCAAUUCUGGAGGCUGCUCUCGCUUGGAUUAUCAUGCCGAGAUUGGGAUGGAGGUGGUUACUUGCGUUGUCUGCUUUGCCUUCAUUGCUUCUCUUUAUAUUUUAUAGUCUGACACCUGAGUCACCAAGGUAUUUAUGCUUGAAAGGUAGAAAAAAUGAUGCCCUUAGGAUUUUAGAGAAAAUAAGCAAACUAAAUGGAAAAGAAUUGCCCCCUGGUGUUCUUGUUACUGACCAUGAAAUUGAGCUACAAGAGAGGAGACUCCCACCAGGGGAUGGACAUAGAGAUGAUGAUGAUGUUAUUAUCCCUCCUCCUCCUCCUAGGUGGAAGGACUCUGACUUGGGGGCCUUCAGAUCUCUGUUAAUGCUUCUGUCACCAAAAUUAAUUAGGUCAACCUUGCUCUUAUGGGUUGUAUUUUUUGGGAAUGCAUUUUCAUACUAUGGCCUCGUGUUGCUGACCACUGAGUUGAACAAUGGGAACAAUAAAUGCAAUCCAAAUGAAAUGCAGUCACAAAAGUCCGGGAGUGUUAACUACAAAGAUGUUUUCAUCACUAGUUUUGCAGAGCUUCCGGGGCUCAUCUUGUCAGCUCUCACAGUUGAUAGAUUUGGCCGUAAACUUUCAAUGGUGGUUAUGUUCUUCAUCUGUUGCAUAUUCCUGCUACCACUGGUGGUCCACCAGUCUGGAGCUCUGACAACAGUCCUUCUCUUUGGAGCUCGAAUAUGUAUCACAGAAACCUUCACAGUUGUCUAUAUUUAUGCACCAGAGAUAUACCCAACUUCAGUGAGGACAACAGGCGUUGGAGCUGCAAGCUCAAUGGGAAGAAUUGGUGGAAUGCUCUGCCCUCUUGUGGCAGUAAGCUUGGUGCAAGGUUGCCAUCAAGCUGCAGCAGUUCUUCUUUUUGUGGGUGUAGUUUUUUUAUCAGGGAUCUGUGUCUCCUUCUUUCCUCUUGAAACCAAGGGCCGUGAGCUGACCGAUAGUGUAUCCAGUACAAAACUUGAAAAACCGAAGGCCAUGACACUAGAAGAGCCAUGAAGUGUUCAAUAAUAUAUCCAGUGCAUAGAAUGUUGUGUUAGGUUGAAUUGACCAUGCUAAAAGGAAUUGCCCCUAUACUUUAUACGUGCAAACCCAAAGAAGUUUGUGUAUUUAUGUGAAUGCUAAUUUUUGAGAUCUGCAAUUUCCAUGUAUAAUUUUUUUUUUUUCUUUUCAUGGAAUAUAGUCAAUAACAAUUAUUUGUUUCCA